AUGAACAGGCCGGGCUACGACUUCUCCGUGCCUGUAUCCACGACAUAUUACGCGACUAAUAGCCGACCGCCGCAAUACGACCGCGGAUAUGGCCAACUCGCCCCGGUCCCCGUCUACAGCCCGACAUCCCAUCCGCUCUCGAAUUACGCAGACAUAUACGAAGGUAACAACGACACCACACUGCGGGCCGAAGAAAGACACUGGUAUAUAGAAAACCACAAAAGCAUACAACCGAACCACACCAAUGAAACCAUACAGGAAACCAAAAUUAAGAAAGAAGAAGAGAAGAAGGACGCGCAAGCAAUAAGAGCUGACGCAAACCAAGCGCGACAGAGGAGAAAAGAGAACCGAUGUUCCUGUGAGUGUUGGCCUAGUUCUGACAAUAACGAGUUGCAGAAUGGUAACUCGACCACCAGAUCACUAUCUGGCGUGGACAUGGUGGCGUCUUAUGGGGUAUAUGGAUCGUCUCAGGACGACGAGAGUUCGGGUUUCGGGAGACUGGCUGAGAAGAACGGGUCCUUCGCGCAAACGAGUAAUGCGCCAGUUCAAGGUGUGAUAGUGAAUCAGCAAGGGAACAGUGCCGUGGUGAGAACUGCUAGUUCAGACUCAUCUUCUUGUGGGAAGUGCUGUGUGUGGUCCUCGAGCGGGCGAGGAGCGAACUCUGAAGAUUACUGUUGGCUCCACUAUUGCAGGCCAGCGCUUAUCGUGCUGCUGUUGCUGUUUUUUCUAGUUUUGUUGGGUGUAUCUACAGGGUUUCUAUUGACAAAUAAUUGUAAGUACUUAUAA